CGGUCGCUUCGUGUGUUCAUAUUUUAUCUGCCGCGCUUAACAAUCGAACGAGGGGAAGGUGCUAGCGGAGGUCAAGCAUUGUUUGAACGUGUUGCAAAUGGUUUCCCAGGGAAACAGCAAAUCACUACUCAUAGGCUCCUGCAGCAUCUCCAGAACAACAUCCAGCCACCAGCCCUCGCCCCGUGUUUGCUGUAGUACUCGGGACCAGAGGCGAUGCAGAACAGAGCCGGAGCGUGAGUAGGAGAGCAGUUCCAAAGGAUGAAGAAACAUUCGGCAAGAGUGGCACCAUUACCCUCUUUCAAUGUUUCAGAAUUAAAUUCGCCUGUGCCAGACGGUGCCUCACGAUCAUCUGUCAUCCAAUGCAAGCCAGGAGGCAACUGCCCCAGCAGACACAGAGGCAUGACUAGGCAGCUCUCCCCUCUAUCUGUUGCUGAAGAUUCUGCUGCUCCCAUUCUUGAGCUGCAGAAUCGAAGUCCCUCGGGAAUCUGUCGGCACAGCAGAGUCGAGAGGCAGAGCAGAUCAGGAGAAGAAGGAACACAAACGCACACAGAGAGCAGCAGCCAAGAAGCUGAAGGACAGACACGAUGCCAGUCUUGCACAUCCACAUUUCUCAAGCUUAUCUGGAGGUUCCUGAUCAUUUUGUCCGUCUCCUCCUCCUGGGUCGGGACCACGCAGUUUGUCAAAAUCACUUUUGAGACCUUUGACUGUCCUUUUUUCAUGACUUGGUUCUCAACAAACUGGAACAUUAUGAUUUUUCCCAUUUAUUACUCCGGGCACCUUGCAACUGCACAGGAAAAGCAGUCUCCAAUCAAAAAAUUCAGGGAAUGCAGUCGGAUUUUUGGUGAAGAUGGUCUGACGCUGAAACUCUUUCUUAAAAGGACUGCUCCCUUUUCUAUUCUGUGGACUUUGACUAACUACCUGUAUUUACUGGCUUUAAAGAAGCUGACAGCCACAGAUGUCUCUGCCCUCUUCUGUUGUAACAAAGCUUUUGUCUUCUUGCUUUCUUGGAUUGUGCUGAAAGACAGGUUCAUGGGAGCAAGGAUAGUUGCAGCAAUCAUGGCAAUCACAGGAAUUGUGAUGAUGGCAUAUGCAGAUGGUUUCCAGGGAGAUUCAAUCAUUGGGGUGGCAUAUGCUGUGGGAUCAGCCUCCACAUCUGCCUUGUAUAAGGUUUUGUUCAAAAUGUUCCUUGGAAGUGCAAACUUCGGGGAAGCAGCUCAUUUUGUGUCUACCCUGGGCUUUUUCAAUUUCAUCUUCAUCUCUGUCACUCCAAUCAUACUGUAUUUUACAAAAGUGGAGUACUGGUACCCUUUCUCUGCUGUGCCCUGGGGUUACCUGUGUGGAGUAGCUGGCCUCUGGUUAGCUUUCAAUAUCCUGGUUAACGUUGGUGUCGUGCUCACAUACCCCAUCCUGAUCUCCAUCGGCACAGUGCUCAGCGUCCCUGGAAAUGCAGCCGUGGAUCUGGUGAAGCACAAAAUGAUCUUCAGCGUGGUGAGGUUGGGAGCCACCAUCAUCAUCUGCAUCGGGUUCCUGCUCAUGCUGCUCCCCGAGGAAUGGGAUGAGAUAACCCUGAGGUUCAUCAACAGCCUGAAGGAGAAGAAGAGUGAGGAUCACGCCGACGAGAUCACAGAGUCCAGCGUACACACGAGGAGCAGGAGCAGAGCUAACGGGACAGUGUCUAUACCACUGGCUUAGGGCUGGUGGACCUCCCCUGCACGCAGAUGUAUAUUCUGUGAAUAUAGCUGAAAUCCCCUCACCACCUGUAUGCUUAAAAAAAAAUGACAUUUAACCUGAACAAGGGAUGGACUGUAAGAUAAGAGAAAUACAUCUAUAAUAAAUGUUUACAUUUAUACACUUAUCGAGGAACGGGUGUAAAUAACUACAAUAAAAUGUUUUGUAAUAAAAAA